AUGGAGCCUUUGUGGAAACUUGUUUAUUUGCUGGAACCUGCUCCAGUCACCCUCAUUUUGACAGCUAUAGCAGUGACAUAUGCAUCUGCUACGCGAGCUCUGAAUUAUGGAAAAGAAAUGGAGCGGAACCGGGACUUAUCUGAAGCAUCCAUUACUUUAGACAGGUCUCAGGCGCUGAUGAUCCCAAUAAUGAGCUCCUGCAGCCUGCUUUUGAUGUUUUAUUUGUUCUCUUCUGUUUCACAAAUCCUCACUGCUUUUACUGCAGUUGCCUCUGCAUCAGCCCUGUACUUCUGUCUAUCACCAUAUGUUAGUCACGUCAAGUCACAAUUUGGUUUAUCUGACCCAUAUGUAUCUCGAUGCUGUUCCAAACCAUUUACCCGAACCCAAGGGCUUCUACUGUUGAUAUGUGUUGCUUUAGUAGUAAUGUGGCUUGUAUCUGGGUAUUGGAUUUUGAACAAUUUGUUGGGUAUCUCUCUUUGCAUUGCUUUUGUCAGCCAUGUUCGACUUCCCAACAUCAAGAUAUGUGCGCUGCUCCUUGUUUGUCUGUUUUUCUAUGACAUAUUCUGGGUGUUCUAUUCGGAGAGAAUUUUUGGAGAAAAUGUUAUGGUAUCUGUAGCAACACAACAAGCGUCUAAUCCCAUGCACACAGUGGCCAAUAGUUUAAGUCUUCCUGGAUUGCAGUUGAUUACAAAAAAACUCGAGUUGCCGGUCAAGAUUGUCUUUCCAAGGAAUAUACUAGGCAGUACAAUACCUGGAAAUAGUGCCUCUGACUACAUGAUGCUGGGUCUUGGUGACAUGGCUAUUCCUUCAAUGCUUGUAGCAUUGAUUCUCUUUUUUGAUAACAGAGAAAGCAGGGAUACUGUGAGUGCCACGGAUAUACAAUCUUCAAAGGGGUUUAAGUAUUUUUGGUAUGCCCUCUCUGGAUAUGCAAUUGGACUCGUUGCUGCCUUAUCAGCUGGAAUUUUGACGCAUUCUCCUCAGCCAGCACUUCUGUAUCUGGUUCCGUCUACUUUGGGGCCGAUAAUUGUCAUUUCUUGGAUGAGAAAUGAGCUAGCAGAGCUGUGGGAAGGAACGACACCAAACAUGAACGAGAAAUCCCACAUGGCUGAAGUAUAG